AUCCUCAGCAGUAAGCUCGGCUGGAGGAGAUGGCGUCUCUUCUGCAGCCAGACAGAGUUGUCUACCUGGCUCGAGGGGAGAAAAGGAUUAGAGCCUCCCUGUCUCAGCUGUAUUUCUGUCGCUACUGUAGCGAGCUCCGAUCGUUAGAAUGUGUGUCUCACGAGGUGGACUCUCAUUACUGUCCGAGCUGCUUGGAGAACAUGCCAUCUGCAGAGGCCAAGCUUAAGAAGAACAGGUGUGCAAAUUGUUUCGACUGCCCCUGCUGCAUGCACACACUGUCGACUCGAGCCAAUAACAUCCCAGCUCCGUUACCUGAUGAUCCCACCAAGACAACCAUGAAGAAAGCCUACUAUAUGGCCUGUGGUUUCUGUCGCUGGACCUCGAGGGAUGUCGGCAUGGCUGACAAAUCAGUUGCCAGCGGUGGAUGGCAGGAGCCAGAGAACCCUCACGCUCAGCGGAUCACCAAGCUGAUCGAGUACUACCAGCAGCUGGCCCAUCGAGAGAAGCAGGAGAGGGACAGGAAGAAGCUGGCCAGGAGGCGCCAGUGCAUGCCCCUCGCGUUCUCGCAACACACUAUUCAUGUGGUGGAAAAAUACGGCCUUGGAACCAGACUGCAGAAGCAGAGGUCUGGAGCUCCCAUUUCAAGCCUGGCUGGCCUCUCGCUUAAAGAAGGCGAGGACCAGAAGGAGGUCAGCAUCGAGCCGGCCCAGGCUCUUGAUGAAGUGGAGCCUCUGCCCGAGGAUUGUUACACCAGACCUGUCAAUUUACCAGAAGUGACCACGCUGCGCCAGAGGCUCCUGCAGCCGGACAUCCAGCCUGCAGGAGCGUCUCAGCUCCACCCGCGACACAAGCACCUCCUGAUGAAGCGCUCCCUUCGCUGCCGGAAAUGUGAACACAACCUGAGCAAGCCGGAGUUCAACCCGACUUCAAUCAAGUUCAAAAUCCAGCUGGUGGCUGUGAGCUACAUCCCUGAAGUCAGAAUUAUGUCCAUUCCAAACCUGCGAUACAUGAAGGAGAGCCAGGUGCUGCUGACGCUGACUAACCCGGUGGAGAACAUCACUCACGUCACGCUGGCUUCUUGUGAGGAAGAAGAUCCCGAUGACAUCAACAGCACCGCCAAGGUUGUUUUACCCAGUAAAGAGCUGGUUCUGGCAGGAAAAGACGCUGCGGCUGAGUACGACGAACUGGCCGAACCUCAGGACUUCCAGGAUGAUCCGGAUGUCGUCGCCUUCAGGAAGUCCAACAAGAUCGGCUUCUUCAUCAAAGUGAUCCCUCAGAAGGAGGAGGACGCCGACGUCACCGUUUCCUUCAAGGUCCGACACGACUUCCGCAACCUCGCGGCCCCCGUCCGGCCGAGCGAGGAGGGAGGCGACGUCGCUCCCGAAGCCGUUUGGCUCACGCAUCACGUGGAGCUGAGGCUGGGGCCGCUCGCUCCCUGAGCUCAGGUUCCAGCUCCUGAAAUUUAGUUUCUUCAAACUUUGUGCUGAACUUAGACCUGAUUUUGAUUCCACUCUCUGGAGCUUCAGACAUCUCCCAGUUUUCUCUUGUGCGUAGGUUAAAAUACAAUAAAGGCAUGAGAGCUUUAAUUUACUGCCACGUUCAGGGACGCACCCGACGAGUUCCUGCUUCCUGUUAGUUUCAGUGCUGCUGAAAGAUGUAACAAAUGUGUAAGAACAAUAAGUCACUAAGUUUCUGUUUGAACACUGAACCGUCUGUCCAGAAGAAGAGCUGCAAAAACAAACCCCACCACUUUCUGUCUUAACUGUUUUUGUCUUGUUUGCUGGAUUUUUUUAAAUUAAAGCUUCUAUUUAAAUGUAAAGCAGCAGCGUUUGUAGGAGCUAAAUCAGUGAAGUCUCUGCUAAGCGCCAGACACCGCUUCUGCUGUCCGCAUCAUUUUCUGCAGACGUGUUAUUUUCUCCGCGUGCUUCAGUAAUAGGAAAUCACGCUCAUGUUAGAACGAGUUCCUGCUUCUGUAUCAAUUUUUUUAUUUAUAAGUUGGGUUUAAGCAGAAGAUGGUACCUGCUCAUCGUUACAGAGCAGGAUCCGAGUUAACCACCAAGGUUCAAGGUAAAAUGAGCAAAGAUGAUUUAUUAUUUUUAAUCAGAUGGCCAAGAUUAGAUUCUGUGGAAAAUGUGGACACAGAUCGUUUAUUCUCGCACUUGGAUUAGUCGAGUGUCAGGAAUCUGUCACCACCUUCAAUAAACGAAGAGCUCCAUGAGCAUGUAAAACAUCACACAGUUCUAUAAUUAUUAUUGUGAGUGUCAGAUGUCGACGCUCUGGAGAUCACAUUAAGGAGAAAAACUACGUGUGUGCAUUUGAACACUAUUUAGUUAGUGCAUUCUUGUCUGGUUGCUUUACUUGCUUUGUAGACGUCACUGACAUCCCUGUUGGUGUGAACUGUUAAUCUGUUGCUUUUUCUUUGGUGUGUGCACUUUGUACAACACAGAUGUACUUCAACAAUAAUCUUCAGUACCGGAAAAUAAAGCACUGCAGUGCUGUAA